AUGCAGACGCAACAACUCUGUCUAGCAUGCUCGUCGACGAUCGCACCGAACACCAAGCCGGCGGCGAUCUACGUGCACGGCUGCUGCUCUCGGCCUAUCUGUCCUGUCUGCCUGGACCAGAAUCCGAGACUGCGCACCUUCUGUCCGAUCUGCGAGGAUGCGCAGGCGGCGUUCCGCAAGGGACCUCGGAGCGAUGUGACGCGCGUUGGUGAGGUGGUGUUCGACGCAGCCGCUGCGUUGAAGGACGACCAGUUGCAGGAAGAGGUGCCGCCACCCCCGUACGAGGCCAAGGGGGAGAGCACGUUCGUUGUCGACGACGAGGCGAGUGACGAUGAAGGGGCCAAGGCGAAGUCGGCGACGAGACCAUCGCUGUUGACGCGGCAAUCGAAGGGUGCUGCUUCGGCAGAGGUCGACGUUGCCCCUCACACAGCCGACACUGUCAGCUCCACAACCGAAGACGGAGAUUGUAGCACGGGGUUGACAGCCUUUCGACGACUCGUAGACCCCCACUCCGCCCCAACCUCAUCGGCAGAAGCCUCCUCAUCCCGACCCACAACCGGCGAAACCCGCCAAUACUACCUCCGCAAGACCGACACGCUCCAAUCCAUCGCCAUCCGCUUCAACGUCUCGUCCAACGAGCUGUGCUUGCUGAACGCCCUCCCGCGGGCAGUGCUCUCCACCUCACCGCACCUGCUGCACACCCGAUCGUUCAUCCUCAUCCCCUCGUCGGCGGUGGAGGCGCAGCUCUCGCGCGAUCCGCAGCUCCUGUCGAGUCUCGCCGGGCCACCGCAGAAGAGUGCGCAGGAGAAGACGACAGCGGCGAGAAGGACGGCAGAGGCGAAAUUCCGCGCGACCCUGGCGAGAGGCGUGGGGGUGGGGGAGACGCAGGCGGACGAAAAGGCGGCGAGGGCGUAUGUGGGGUUGGCGGAGGACGAAGUGAGGUGGGUCGACUUUGGUGAAGGGUAUGAUGGCGAUGGUCUGCCAAGCUCCUACGACGACGACGCUGCGAAGGGGAAGGAUGCGAAAGGAACCGAAGAUCAAGAGAUGAGAGAGGCGCAACUGGACACGGCACGAAGACAUCGUUUCGAUGCGAUCCUGCAAAACGCACUGGCAAAGUGGGAGAUGGACAGCGAUUGGGAGCGAAACCAACGUGCAAAUAGUUUGGACCCAUCGAGCAUCUCCAAGCCCCUCCCCGCUUCAUCCUCUUCGCAGAUGGAUCAAGAACCGAAAGGCUCGACGCUGGGCAAGUGGUUCACGCGCGCCCUGCACGGAGAAUCGUCUCGAGGUAAGCAUCCAUCAUCUCGCGAGCCUCGUCACGUAGUAUCCCUCUCGAGCUCAGUCCUCCUGCCCACUUGCCUCGAACAGACCCUCGUCGCACACAAGGCACCCGUCAACGUAGCGCGAUAUAAUUCUACGGGUCGAUACAUUCUUACGGGCUCGUCGGAUCGGACGAUCAAGCUGUGGAACGCCCACUCGGAGGGCGACGCGAUCCAGACGUACGCCGAACACAAUCAAGAGGUGUUGGCGCUAGAUGUGAGCCAGGAUAAUGCGCGGUUUGUGUCCGGAGGAGGGGACAAGUCGGUGCUCGUGUGGGAUGUGGGGAGCGGUAGUGUGGUGCGUCGUUUCAGUGGAUUUAUGGGCAAGAUCAACGAUGUGAGGUUUGGAGGGAGGGAUGGAGAUGGAAGUGUGGUCGUGACGGGUGGAUUUGACGGUGUUGUCCGCGUGUUCGACCUGCGUGCUCAGGGAGCCUGGAGACCGAUCAUGGAGCUCAAAGAAGCUAAGGAUGCGGUGACGUCGAUCAGUGUGCGGCAGGACAAGAUCUACACGGGUGCGGUUGACGGUGUUCUCCGCUGUUACGAUUUGCGCGCUGGUCAGCUGCGAGCCGAUACGUUGCCAGCACCGAUCACAAGCGUUGCUCCGUCCCGACUCGGGAGUAGCGUGCUGGUCGCCACUCUCGACUCAACGGUACGUCUACUGGACCAGAAGGACGGCACACUGCUGCACGCGUACAAGGGUCACACACACGACGAGUACAGAUGCAAAGCCGUGUUCGCCAAUGAGGAAGACGGGAUUGUGAUCGGCGACGAAGAGGGCAGAUUGGUCGGGUGGGACGUUGUUACUGGCGAGAAUGUUGCUGUUGGAGAUGCGGCAAGCGGGGGCAAAGUGCGCGGAAAAGCGGUGCUCUGGGUCGAAUGCAAUCCGCACGACUCGCAACAGAUGGUCAGCGCAGGCGCAGAUGGCACGGUCAAGAUCUGGAGCACGCCGCCGUCGGCAUAA